CCUAGCGCGCUGCCAUCGUCCCGCAAAGCGACGCGACGCGCUGCCCCUCGCUGAGAUAAGUGUCAGGCAGGGCUCUGGAAGCUCCUUGCGCGUCGUGUCUUAGCUGCCCGACGCGACGCCGCCUCGCCGCACCCCUUCCUCUUGCCCUCCCUCUCCCUGGGACAGACACGGGCAGGCACGCCACCAAGACAACGCCGUCUCGGCCAAUCGGACAACUUCGCCAUGGAGACCGUGCGCGACCCCCACCUCGUGACGAAGGAGACGCACGCCGGCCCCGCAUUAAGGAAGCACGUCGCCGAGUUCGCCGAGUUGUUGGUACGAGAUUACCUCUCGAAGCAAGGGUUAAGUAAGACGCUCGCCGAGAUGGACGUCGAAUCAGAAGAAAUAGGUCGAACCAAGCCGACGAUGACGGGCUGGGCCACGAUGGCCGAAUUGAUAAGGCUCACGGAUCUGCUGAGGGCGAACGAGGCGGCGGGCGCCGAGAGUGUAGAAACGAUCCUCGAGGUCCUCGCGAAGGAACUCGCACGGGAGUCGUCGGUCAAAAUGCGGAAGCCCGUGACACUCACCGUUCUCAGGAGCGCACCGUCCUGCGCCGAACGCGCCCGAACGACGGAGCUCAGAGCGACUCUAACAAGGACAGGAGGCAACUACGGCCAUCCCGACCCGCCAAGGAAGAAGAAGACAAAACAAAAAACAGCACCGAUCCCUCCGGCACCUUCCCUGAAACUGAAGGAGGGCAACCCUUCUACUCUAUCAAGGCCCGUCUCGAAUUACGUCAUAAAACCACACGGCGUCAAGGUCCAGCCUGGGGCUCCUAGACAUUUAGCGCAGUCGCUCUCUGCCGAGAGGUGGAUCCCCAUGGACACUCGUGAACGCAUGCUGCGGCGCGAGUUCGCCGAGACCAAACUUAGUUUGGAUAAACUGAAGGCCAGGGCCGACUUCGAGAAGAACGACAGUAAACACCACAAACUGUCGGAACUCGAACAGAACGGCGUGGAAGAGCGCUAUGGGAUUGCCCGGAAGAAGAGUUGUGGGCUUUGUAGGAUGGAAUAUUCUCGGGUGAACCUCGUUUGUGAGGUGCCAAUAAAGGCCAUUGAUGAUUUAAGAAAGAUGUGGAGCGAGGAAUUUACGCCCCACCCGAGGCACGUGAAGGAGUGCGCCAAGGGGAAGUUCCGGGCCUUCACGUACGAUCGGGUCGGCGUCUGCACGAUGUGCGCCCAGUUCUUUAGGGUCGGCCAGCAGGAGGUGUACCGGCCGUCGGUCGAAGCGCGGAACGCGGAGAAGAGGCGGCGGGCGCAGAAGCUUUCCAAUGAAUUGGAUAAAAGGUUUUGGGACCCCGUCAAGCAGCUCGACGCGGACCGGAGAGAUCAAUUGCUGGGGACGGCGGCGGCCGAGAUCGACGUGCCGGGCGCGCGCGUGCCGGCGGCGCCGCUGGCCGUGGAUAAGGACUAGUCUUAGU